AUGGCUGAUCUCGUUCUCUCGUUCGCUGCCCUGGCUCAAUCUCUUGGUGCUGUUCAAGCGACACUGGCCGUCGGUUCUUCUUCUCCCUCCGCUCAACCUCUGGCUCUUCCAACCACAACUUCUCAAGCUGCGGCCGUUCCUGCUCUGGUCACUCCUGCUGGUCUCGGCCUUGGUUCUGGCUCUGGUGUUCAUGCUCGCUCUGGUGGUCUCGCUCGCUCUGUGGCUGCUCCUUCUCACCGUGGUGCUUCUACAACCGCUGUUCCACAUCUUGGCGGUUCCUCUCUCUUGCCUGGUCGUACUCAAGCUGUCCAUUCUCUCGCUCAAGAGACGCCUCCUUGUCCAGUUCCACUUCUUGGUGGUGCCUCUCUCUUGCUUGGUCAUGCUCACGAUGUCCAUUCUCUCGCUCAAGAGACGCCUCCGUGCCCAGAACUUAAUUUUGUUUCUGAUUCUGCCAAAUUUUCUGAUUUGAUUUCUUUACCUGACGAAGCCCUCCAUUCUCUUAUAAAUCGCUUAUCUAUGUCUGAAAGCUUUGUUUCAAAAUCAACUUCAGCUGUUCUUGAGAAAUUGCAGGAUUCUGGUGACUCAAGCCAGGAUCCUAAGGAUCUUCAACUUGUUUAUUCUUUAUGUGAUCAUAUCUCCCUUCCUCGCCCUGUCUCCGUUCAUCGUCAUGAUUGUAAAUCUCUUCCUCGUCCGCUCAAAAUUAAGUUUGCCAGUGUCGAAUCCCGUAACCUAUUCAUCUUCAAGGCUCGACUUGCCGCUCGAGCUCUCCCUCAGAAUCCUCCUUUACCUUUCUUUAGAGUUAGACGUGACCUAACUUUGCCGGAACUUGCUCUUCUCAAACGUGUUCGCCAUAGAGUUUCUUCUGAAUAAGGAAUCUCCUAACUCUUUCUAUGUCCGUGAUCUGUCUAUUGCGCGCAAAACUGUCAAAUCUUAUUCUAACCGUGCAUUUUCUCCUAUUUCUUCCACUCGUGUGAAUACUAUUACUUCUGGUGUGAAUACUAUUUCUUCUGGUGAUUCUAAUCACAUUGUUUCUUCCUGUACUCUCACUAACUACAACUCUGUGUAUCCUCCCCUUUCCUCCGAUGUUCCGAUGUCUUCGCCUUCUUGUCAUGUUUAACAAUUCUGAAAUGCCCAUUUUUUUGAUCCCUCUAACACGUUUUUACGAAUUUUUCUUGCUCUAACCCUCUCGCCCCUCCUCCUUCCACUAACCCUCUCGCUCCAUCUAGUCUCUCUCCUCCGCUAUCUAUCGGUUCUCCCGCGCCAAAAAACAAUUGCAAUAUUUUUGAUCUCAAAAUUAUUCUUUCUAAUAUACGUUCGUUGCGUUCUCCUAGUAAAAUUCAACUCUUAUUUGACCAUCUUUCAUUUUCUUCCAUUGAUUUAUGUUUUAUUUGUGAAACUUUCCUCACUGCUGACUAUCCUGACUCUUUGUUUAAUAAUCCAACUUACAGCUUCUUUCGUCGGGAUCGUUCAAUUUCUUCUGGUAGAGCUUCUGGAGGUGGCGUAAUAGUUUUUUUAUCGAAAGACAUUGCCCUUGGUCGAAGUGGAUUGCCUUCUGGACAGGUUUUUAUCCUUCUCAUUUUUUUGCGAUCUUAUUUGUUUUGACAUUAUAUUUCCUAAUACUUUUUAAUAUUUCUAAAGCCCGUUUUUUUCUGGUUUACUGUCCACCAAACACUUCUAAUGAUUCAUCUUCUAAUUUAUUUCAGCAUAUUUCUCGUUUCUGUUACCUCUCAGAAUUGUACUAUCCUUGGAGACUUUAAUUAUCCAGGAAUCAAUUGGCUUAACUUAUCUUGUACUAAUCUAUGUUCUCAAAAAAUGUUAGAUUUUUGCCUUAGCUCUAAUUUAACACAGCUUGUUCCCUCUCCCACUCGUAUAACGGAUCAUUCUUCCAACAUUCUCGAUCUUAUUCUAUCCAACUCGUCCAAUUCAAUCAUAGACGUUAAUGUCUCUGAACCUCUCCUCAAUUCUGAUCAUAAUACGGUCCUUUUCAAAUAUAAAUGUCCUUUGAUUCCCUCGUCUCCUACCACUAUUCGUCGAUUGAAUUUUUCCAAAUGCAACUUCGAUUCGAUCAAUCUUUCUCUUUCUUCGCUUAACUGGGAUCGUCAAUUCAGUUUUUUUUCUACAGUUGAAUCUAAAUUUCAGCAUUUUCUUCGUAUAUUUAAUGAAUUGAUUCGCGACAAUUGUCCUUUCACCUCACUUUCUCACCGUUCCUCUUUUUAAUUUCAAAUCUGACCGUCUAAUUCUGUCGCUUACUUCAAAAAAAGCCUCUCUUAUCAAUAACGGUCUUCAUUCCACUCACCUCCGGCAAAAAGUUCAAUCUCACUGUCAAAACUUAUUCGUAAAAAGAACUGCUUUUUUUAUUAAGGAAAUUCCAUACCAAAGUUGCUCUAUCCUACAACUCCUCUAAACUUUCCAAAUUUAUUUCAAGACAGCUUAAGAUCGAUUCUGGGAUCCCCAAUCUGCUUUUUCAAUGAUAAUUAUAUAAUUGAUGAUGAAUCAAAGGCCGAUGUCUUCUCAUCUGUGUUCUAUUCCAAUUUCUCUAACACUAACCCUCAACCUUUUCCCAGCUCUUCCCUCACCUGAACCUAUUAACUGUAGUAUAUUUUUUUCUCCCCCUGAUGUUGUUUAUAAAUUUCUUGCCUCUCUACCUCCGAAAUGUGGAUUUUCCACUGAUAAUAUUAACUUUCUUGUUCUUAAAAAGAUGUGCUAGAUCUUUAAGCCUUCCCCUGUCUCUCCUAUUUAAUGAAUCCUAUUUAACUGGUGUUAUCCCUCUUCUCUAAAAACACACUACGGUCAUACCUGUACAUAAAAAAAGGCAGUUUGUCUGACCCUUCCAAUUUCCGUCCGAUCUCUCUCACUCAUCCUAUAUCACGUGUAUUGGAACGUAUUAUCGCCCAUAUGGUUAGAAAUCGAUUCGCUCAUAAAUUCUCUCGAUUUCAAUAUGGAUUUUUUUAAAACCGUAGAUCUUGCAAACUCUCUCUCAUCUCUUCUAUAUCCGACAUAAAAAAAGUCCUUGGCCUCCAAUCUAAAUGUCGAUGUUAUUUACUUUUGAUUUCAGCAAAGCUUUUUGAUAGAGUAGAUCACAAUUUGCUACGUCUUAAAAAUGCUAAACUUUGGUUUUGAUAAUACUCUGAGCCGUUGGUUCUCUAAUUUUUUUAUCUCACAGAAGUUCAAUUGUUAAGGUCAACAAGUCUUUUGCCAACAAUUGCUUUUCCCAACCCUUCCGGUGUCCUCCAAGGCACUGUCAGCGGCCCUCUCCUCUUCCUCAUUUUCAUCAACGAUAUCGAAAAAUUACAUUGAUUCCUCUACUUCUAUCUCAAUUUUUUUGCGGAUGAUAUUAAAAUCUAUAGCUCCUGUCCCAGAUCUCUCCAAUCAAGCAUUAACGGUAUCCUUGAAUGGUCUCAUAUUUGGUCUCUCCCACUCGCCUCAAAACAAAAACGUUCUCUGUUCACUUUGGCCCAAAUAAUCCUCGCACCCUUUACUAUGUUGACCUCCUUGAAGUUCCUCAAAGCUCCAUAGUACGUGACCUUGGUUUAUUUAUCGAUGACAAGCUUUCCUUUAAACAACACAUCAGCCGUAUUGCUGCUUUUGCCACCUUACGUUCUAAUCAAAUACUGAAUACCUUCAAGUUCUCUUCACCUUUUAACUACUUCCGUAUGUUUCAAACCUACGUUAAUCCAGUCCUUGAAUAUUGCUCUGAGCUUUUCUCACCCGCCAUUUCCUCUGAGGAAUCUCACAAACUUGAAUCUUCACUGCGUCUUUUUAGUCGGAAAGUUUUCAUUCGUUGUAAUGUUAGUUUCACUUCUUACUCAGAUCGCCUUAGUCAAUUUAACAUCAAACCGUUAUUCAUUCGUCGUGAAAUUUGUGACAUUAUCACCUUGCAUAAAAUCAUCUGUGGCUCUGAUCAUUUUCUCGAUCGCAAUAAGUAUUUCACUCAAUCCCUGUUACAGAGAAAUCCACUUCGACUACGGACUACUGGUCAGUUUUCUAAUGACUUUUUUUCUAGAACUAUUCCUCUUUGGAAUAAACUAACUUCUUAUUUAGAUUUUAACGUUACCCCAGAAACUCUGCGUAAAAAAAGUUGAAUGCUCUUCCGUUUGAAGCCUUUCAUGAAAAAUAUCCCCUCUCGUCUCCUGUGAAUUUGCCAUAUUUCCGGGUACCCGUCAACUCGUUAGGGGUUGACUCUUUCCCGUGUAUUGUUAAUUCUCUGCCUAUUCCUUCACUUGAUCAUCUAUUCUUCAAUUAUUUUUAUGUUAAAUAAUGGCAGUGAAUAAACUAUCUAUCUAAUACGGCAUAAACGCUUUUUGCGACAAAGCAGAAGUCAGGUUUGGAGAGCAGCACGAACCUGGAGGUCAAACUUUUCGACGAUGUGACCGUCGACGUCUUCUGUCAUGGUUGGAACCACCUGCAAGCCAGAAGUUUUAUGCGAACUUUCAGGUGGAACGCGCGAAGUGGGGGAAGCCUUAAGAGGCAGGCAAAAGCUCGGCACGGCCGUCUGA